AUGUGGAGGAUCGGCGGGCAACAAGUUUCGCAUGUCGCUGGGUCUGUCGGUGGCGGCGACGCGAAGAACCUCUACAUCAUAUCAGUGAAGGGAAUCAAGGGCCGAUUGAACCGGUUACCUUCGGCUUUUGUUGGUGAUAUGGUGAUGGCCACAGUGAAGAAAGGCAAGCCUGAUCUCCGUAAGAAGCGCCGAAAGGAUGGUGUCUUCGUAAACUUUGAAGAUAAUGCUGGUGUCAUUGUGAAUCCAAAGGGAGAAAUGAAAGGGUCUGCUAUUACUGGUCCAAUUGGGAAGGAGUGCGCUGACCUGUGGCCAAGGAUUGCUAGUGCAGCCAAUGCCAUUGAAACCCCUUUUGAAAUUGAAAAUGAGCUUACUCCUCUUGGCUUAAAUGCUUGCUCGGUGUUGGGUCCAUCAAAUGGACAGGUCAUUAAAGUGCUGCACAAAGCUUCUGAAAAUGAAUCUGAUGGGAAUACUACUUUCAUGGAAGUUAACCUAAAUGGAGCUGCUACUGUGGUGGCAGGAUGCUCUAUUCCAAGUGAUGUUUAUGUCGAUGAGCGGUCUGCUGAUAUUUCUAUGNCAAAUGGAGCCGCUACUGUGGUGGCAGGAUGCUCUAUUCCAAGUGAUGUUUAUGUCGAUGAGCGAUCUACUGAUAUUUCUAUGGAAAUACCCACCGCAAAAUGCGAUUUCCUUGGUAUGGCCCUUGAUAAUUCAGAGGGUACCCGGAGUAAUGAGGUAGAGCCAGGGGUUUGGCUAUUGUUCGAGGAAAUGGAAGAGGUCUAUCACAAGGGGGUGGAAGGACUANAGCUAAGGACAAUCGUUGAGACCAAUAGGAAUUUUGAUCAAUGGGUUUUGAACCAUAGGGGUUUGGCUAUUGGUCGAGGAAAUGGAAGAGGUCUAUCACAAGGGGGUGGAAGGACUAACAGUAACACAUCCACUUGGGGUGGCAGGGGUGAUGUUGAAAAUGGCCAUGGGAACAGAACUAAUGCAAGGCUGCUAGGAAAACAGAGUUUUGGAGCAACACUAAGCCCAUCAACAGGUACGUCAUUUGCAAAAGAUGUAAUCCCUAAUGGUGGAACCUUUAACCAAUCAGUGGUUGUUCAUGAGGUUGCAAAGGAUGGAGGAAAUAUGAAGUCUUUGAAUAAAGCCAAAGAUAAAGGGAAGGAGAAAUAA